CAAUAAAGCGAGAUAGCGGACCAUGGGGAGCUAAGGGGGAAACUUUUCGAUACUGACAUGUUAGCGUUAUGACUUUUGACUAACACUUCACUGGGGCCAGGCUCCGGGUGUGAAGGGGGCUCUUUUUUCGGGAACACACAUACAAUAAGAAGGGAGAAGUCGACUCCUCGAAGAAGACAAGAUUGAAAGUAUCAGCGGUGGAAAAGUGGAGUUGAGCCUUUUUGCGUUGAAGAUGAGCUUAUUGUCUGCCAUCGACACGAGCGCCUCCGUGUACCAGCCUGCGCAGCUCCUCAACUGGGUCUAUCUCUCCUUGCAAGACCCCCACCACCAGACCAGCGCCUUCGACGCCUUCAGACCCGAACCCAACUCUUCCCACCCGGAUCUCAACUACAGCAAGAGUCCCGCCUCGGCCGACUUGAGCUCGUCUCUCAACUCCAACUAUCUCAACAACUUCUUUCAGCUGCAACGGAACGAGGCCUUAAACAACAACCUAUACAAGAAUGUAUCGCCCUAUGGCUCCCUCAAUAACAUCGUGGACGGACUCAACUCCCUGACGGACCACUUCUCAGACCUUUCCCUGUCAUCAGAACCAAGAAAGCCCAACAAGAGACCACCGCCCAAUUACUUGUGCCACCUGUGCUUCAACAAGGGCCACUACAUCAAAGACUGCCCUCAGGCUCGUCCAAAAGGGGAAGGCCUGACCCCCUACCAGGGCAAGAAGAGAUGCUUUGGCGAGUACAAGUGUCCCAAGUGUAAGAGGAAGUGGAUGAGCGGCAACUCGUGGGCCAACAUGGGACAAGAGUGUAUCAAGUGCCACAUCAACGUCUAUCCACACAAGCAGCGCCCGCUGGAGAAACCGGACGGCCUGGACGUAUCCGACCAGAGUAAAGAGCACCCCCAACACCUGUGUGAGAAAUGUAAAGUUCUGGGUUACUACUGCCGCCGUGUGCAAUAAACGCUGACGUCCGAGAGAGAGCUUAACGAGUCAUCCGAGCUCCGUCAUGGGGAAUCCUCCCGACGUCCGGCAGCGAAAGAAGCGGAGGAGGACGUUUGUGCAGGAAAGCCCACCCGUGCAUCCUCUCAUUCGGCUCAUGUUCCAGUCAUACGUUACCUCACUUUGGGGUUUGUCACCUUCAGUGUUUACAAAGUUCCGCCUUCCUUUUCCCUGCCAAGUGAAGUGUGUGGUCGCCACACACGCCAUCGCCGCAUUUAGGGUCAACAGCACAUCUUUAUUCUUAUUAACUGUGAAUGAACUGAGGGAUAACGUGCCGCUCGUCCCCAAGCUUACAUUUGGCCUAUUUAUUUUUCUUGUCUCGUGUGCAAUGUGAGUAUGACAUAAAGAAAUAGAUAUGUAUAUUUUUUGUAUGUUUGUAUGCCGCCUUGUUGCUUCCACGUGUCUUUAGAAACUACUGUAGGCUCAGUCGCUAGUUCCUCUUCAAGUAUUUUGUUUCAGCAAUCCCCGUCCGUGCAGUUUUUUUAUGUAAAAAAUGUAUCACUCGUGGGGUUACUAUUAUGCAAAGAUGAAUAUAUGUGACGUUUGAGAGAGGUUCAGGAAGGUGUAGCUCAUGCUCCAAUAGUUAAAGGAAAAUACUGAAGGUUUCACUGUGUCGGUGCAGCAGCGGGUUGUGUUUUUAAACGUGCAGAAGGCGAAGAAGGUUGGCUGAAAUGCAGCAAUUUAAAGAAUGGUCACGUUAGGAAAAGAAGAGUUAUGUACAGUGAUGGAGGCAUACUGAUCAUGAAGGAAUAUUAGGGACAUACUUCAUAGGAAAAAAACUAAAAAGAGUCCAAUUAUGAGGCAAAAGUUGUAAAAAUACAAACGAAAAUUGACAAUAAAGUCAUAAUGACGCAGGAAUAAAGUCGUAAUAUUUGGAAAAUUAAAUCUUUUUUUUAGAAGAUAAAUCUUCUGGGGGAAAAUAUUGCAUACGACGCAGUGUUAGGUCCACAUUGGAAAAAAAGUAAGCUUUCGAGAAUAAAGUCAUAAAUUUACGAGAAUAAAACAAAUUUAUGACAAAAAAAUUGUAAUAUUACGAGAAUAAAGUUGGUAAUUUACAAGAAUAAAGUCGGACAUUUACGAGAAUAAAGUCGUACAUUUACGAGAAAAAAAGUCGUAAUAUUACGACAAUAAAGUCGGAAAUUUACGAGAAUAAAGUCAUACAUUUACGAGAAAAAUAGCCGUAAUUAUACGAGAAUAAAGUUGAACAUUUAUGAAGAAAAAAGUUGUAAUAUUACGAGAAUAAAGUCAUAAAUUUAUGAGAAUAAAGUCGGAAAUUUACAAGAAUAAAGUCAGACAUUUAUGAAGAAAAAAGUUGUAAUAUUACAAGAAUAAAGUCGGAAAUUUACAAGAAUAAAGUCAUGAAUUUAUGACAAAAAGUCAUAAUAUUACGAGAAUAAAGUCGGAAAUCUACAAGAAUAAAGUUGGACAUUUACGAGAAUAAAGUCGUACAUUUACGAGAAAAAAAGUCAUAAUAUUACGAGAAUAAAGUCGGAAAUUUACGAGAAUAAAGUCAAACAUUUAUGAGAAAAAUAGCCGUAAUUUUACGAGAAUAAAGUCGAACAUUUAUGAGGAAAAAAGUUGUAAUAUUAUGAGAAUAAAGUCGGAAAUUUACGAGAAUAAAGUCAUAAAUUUUUGAAAAAAAAAUCGUAAUAUUACGAGAAUAAAGUUGGAAAUUUACAAGAAUAAAGUCGGACAUUUAUGAGGAAAAAAGUUGUAGUAUUACGAGAAUAAAGUUGUAAAUUCACGAGAAUAAAGUUGUACAUUUACGAGACAAAAAGUCGUAAUAUUACGAGAAUAAAGUUGGAAAUUUACAAGAAUAAAGUCAUAAAUUCAUGAGAAUAAAGUCAUGAAUUUAUGACAGAAAGUCGUAAUAUUACGAGAAUAAAGUCGUACAUUUACGAGAAAAAAAGUCAUAAUAUUACGAAGUCGGAAAUUUACGAGAAUAAAGUCAAAUAUUUACAAGAAAAAUAGCUGUAAUUUUACGAGAAUAAAGUCGAACAUUUAUGAGGAAAAAAGUUGUAAUAUUAUGACAAUAAAUUCAGAAAUUUACGAGAAUAAAACCAGAAAUUUACGAGAAAAAAAUCAUAAUAUUACGAGAAUAAAGUUGGAAAUUUACAAGAAUAAAGUCGGACAUUUAUGAGGAAAAAAGUUGUAGUAUUACGAGAAUAAAGUCGUAAAUUCACGAGAAUAAAGUUGUACAUUUACGAGACAAAAAGUCGUAAUAUUACGAGAAUAAAGUUGGAAAUUUACAAGAAUAAAGUUGGACAUUUACGAGAAUAAAGUCGUACAUUUACGAGAAAAAAAGUCAUAAUAUUACGAGAAUAAAGUCGGAAAUUUACGAGAAUAAAGUCAAACAUUUAUGAGAAAAAUAGCCGUAAUUUUACGAGAAUAAAGUCGAACAUUUAUGAGGAAAAAAGUUGUAAUAUUAUGACAAUAAAUUCAGAAAUUUACGAGAAUAAAACCAGAAAUUUACGAGAAAAAAAUCAUAAUAUUACGAGAAUAAAGUUGGAAAUUUACAAGAAUAAAGUCGGACAUUUAUGAGGAAAAAAGUUGUAGUAUUACGAGAAUAAAGUCGUAAAUUCACGAGAAUAAAGUUGUACAUUUACGAGACAAAAAGUCGUAAUAUUACGAGAAUAAAGUUGGAAAUUUACAAGAAUAAAGUCAUAAAUUCAUGACAAUAAAGUCAUGAAUUUAUGACAGAAAGUCGUAAUAUUACGAGAAUAAAGUCGUACAUUUACGAGAAAAAAAGUCAUAAUAUUACGAAGUCGGAAAUUUACGAGAAUAAAGUCAAAUAUUUACAAGAAAAAUAGCUGUAAUUUUACGAGAAUAAAGUCGAACAUUUAUGAGGAAAAAAGUUGUAAUAUUAUGACAAUAAAUUCAGAAAUUUACGAGAAUAAAACCAGAAAUUUACGAGAAAAAAAUCAUAAUAUUACGAGAAUAAAGUUGGAAAUUUACAAGAAUAAAGUCGGACAUUUACGAGAAAAAAACUUGUAAUAUUAUGAGAAUAAAGUCGUAAAUUUACAAGAAUAAAGUCAUAAAUUUACGUGAAAAAUAGCUGUAAUAUUGCAAGGAUAAAGUCGGACAUUUAUGAGGAAAAAAAUUGUAAUAUUACGAAAAUAAAUUCAGAAAUUUACGAGAAUAAACUCAUACAUUUACGAGUAAAACAAGUUGUAAUAUUACGAGAAGUCGGAAAUUUGCGAGAAUAAGGUCGUAGAUUUUCCAGAAAGUCGGAAAUUUACCCGAUUAAAGUGGUAAUGUUACGUGUCAUUAGUGAUGGAAAUUUCGGGUCUUUUUAGAGAGUCGAUUCUUUUGGCCUGGCUCACUACUCACUUUCGUCUCCCAAGUGGCUCCUCUGAUUUUUUUUGUGGUCUUCAAUUUAUUUUAUUCCCACAUUAUGUGUAUUGUGUAAAGUGAAUGACUAAUGUAAAUGAUAUCUAAUGUUUAUUAUUGAAAUAGAUUGAUUUAAACCUCGAUGAGCAGCUACACAAAUAUAUUAUAAUGUUAUGUUGGAAAGAAAAUACAAGAACAGCGACCCAUCAAAAUACAGCAGGUCAAAUCUUUUCAUGCAAAUUUCUCACGAGCGAAUCAGCUCUAAGAGCACCACAGCGUGUGUUUAACCCCGCCCCUGCCCCUGCUCCUGCUCAGUGCGGCCACAGAGACGCCGCCACACAUCUUGACCAAUGACAUUGGCCUUUAACAGAUGCCAGAGGCCAACGGUCACAUCAGCCCCCCCUUUUCAUAGCUGUCUCAGGCAAUGCCUGGAACAUAAACUUACCAGUUGGUUCUCGUAAAUUUAUGACUUUAUUCUCGAAAUCUCAGAUUUGUUUUCAAUGUGGCCCUAAUACACCAUCAUAAUUGCAAGAAUAAAGUCAUAAAAAUAUAAAAAGUAUGAAGUUAUAAUUUUACAAAAAGGGGAAUUAAGAGAAUAAAGUUUUUUGUUGUUGUUUUUUAUUUAGUAAGCAGAGUCAACAACUAAAUUACUCUUUAAUAUUCUUUUCUCUCUUACAUAAAUAUUUUGACUUUUUUGUGAAAUUCAGCCUUUUUGUGGCGUUUUUCCUCCUGUCCUUCCAAUUUGACUCUCGUAAUACUACUACGUUUUUCAUUUGACCUUUGUUUUUCCCGUAACUGUGACUUUUAUCCUAAUAAUACGGUGCAUCCCUGCACAGUCGCCAAUCAACAUCUACAGCUGCGCAGAAUUUGGGUUAAAAAAAAAUGUAUUCAUUUUUUCCCUCCAAAAAUAGACGGUUUCUUCCGCUGAAAACACAUCUCAUUCACCCUAAGCCGGUAAUAGUUUAUAAAUAUGUGAUAAUACAGUUCAAUUUAUGUCUUAUGUUUCAAUGAUAAUGUUGCGUUUUUCACACUUUGUUGGGCGGUCCUUGAACACACCACGGUUUCUGUGAGGCACUAAAGUGAAACUCAUAAAUUGCAGCUUGUCCACUUAUGGUGAGUGUCUAUAUUUUCUACUUGAAACGUGUUGUAAUAAGUGUGUGAGGCAUAUUUAGGGCUUAAACAUGGAUUGUGUCACGAGGGAACAACGGCGAUUGAAGAGAGAAGGGGAGGGUUCUGGAGUUGAAUCAAAUCUAAUAAUUACUACAGCCACUUUUACUGCAAAUGUUGACGGGAAAUCAGAGGGGAACGUCUACAUCAAGCUAGCAGGAGGGUUUGUGUGGAAAAGCAGACGUAAUUACUCGUGUUUUCUUGCCAUUCGCUGGUGGUCCUGGAGUGUAAUCCCCACGAAAAGUGGGGCUCUACUGUACACCACUCUAAUCGUCAAACUCCCAUAAGAUACUGUAUAUAUUUUUCCUAGUCUUUAUUCUGGUCAGUUUUUGCCUUUUUUUGCGUAAUUCUAUGACUUCAGUCAUUAAGUACCGGUAGUAUUAUUUUCUUUUAGGCGUGGCCUUAAUACUCUGAGGAUUUAUGGAACGUGAUGUGGUUGUUUUUUGUUUUGUUUCAUAUCGUCUACUCUACGUGCAUCAUCGUGUCAACCAAAUAGACAAUAUACAAACACACAGUAUAUAUAUGCAAUUUCUACCUGCCUUAGGAUCGUUGUCAUAGGAACUAUUUUCACAUGCCAGUCAACUAUUUUUCUAUUGUAAUAUAUUCUAUGUGCCUUUGGAUGCGCUCACAGAUGAAGGAAAAAGGAGGGGAGUUUGAUAAUGGUCCCUCUCAACUGUGGCAAAUGUUUUAGUUUGUUUGUGUGUGACGUACAAAAAAAAAGUAUCAUUUAUAGCCUGACGUUAAGGUCCAUCCUUAAAGUAGCUGUGUUUUGUGCUCUAGGGCUCCCCCUGCAGUUAGCAAAUGCAAUUUAAUGACCGCAUUAAAAGCCAAUGCUAAUGAACGUCCAGGCAAAACACUACUACAGUAAUCCCUCGCCUCUUAGCGCUUCCAAUGUCAUGGCUUCACUCGAUCAUGGUUUUUCUAAACUACAAUGAUAAAUCAUCGCUGUUUUAUGCUUGAAUACAGUCAAAAAGAUCCAUAUUUAAGUCAAUUUGACCUUGUUUUUGCUAUAAUUAAGCACAAAAAUAGCUAAAUGAAGUAAAAUACAAAUUGAAGGCAUUUAGAAGACGCACUCAAAGACGUUGUGAUAUGUAGUCUUCUACACUGGCCACUAGGUGUCAGUGAUGUGAUCGAUGAUAUAAUAGCCACGGCAGGAAGUACUGUACUAACAGGAAGCAAAAAAAAAUUAACAGGAAGCAAAAAAAAAAAAAAAGGAGGAACUCUCCCAAUGCUAACGUGUGAGUCUAUAUUGUGUCUAAUUUUCUCUUAUCAUGUCGACUAUAUCGGGUAAUAGAAGUGCAAAGGUGACUAUAGGGUUGUUAUUUUGUGUCUAGAGGGCUCUAAUGAUUUUUAUGGUCUAACUUCAAAAAUAAUCCAUCUAUAAAUAAGGAAUCCUACUUUUCACUGUUCACAGUCGGGUCAGGAACCAAUUACUGCGAUAAACGAGGGAUUACUGUACAACUGGGGGAGCUAAUAUUAUUAUUAUAGUUCUUAUCACAUUCAAGCUGGUUGUAGACGCCCACCAUGUAUCCCACCAGCCAUGCUACAUUUGUUUAUGAAAAAUGAUGUGCAUAAUGUAUAUAUAUGGUGAAAAAAAGUUGCCAAACGGCGCAUUGAGAAGAAAAAAGGUUUCAAUACUCUAAACCGGGGGUGACCAAAGUGCGGCCCAGGGGCCAUUUUUAGCCCACUGCGUUUUUUUUUUGGCCCUCGGCAUAGUCUAAAAAUAAAACAAAAUAACACAUUUGGAUAGGUCACACUGACUUAUAUUGGAUUGUUUUUUGCAUUUUGAAUGCACAAAAUGUAUCAAAGUGCCCCCCCCCCCGCAUUAUUUUUGGACACCCCCGGUCUUAAGCACAGGCAGCAAUGGUGACGCCUGCAUUUCCCCACAAUGCAACUUGAUGGGAUGAUUGGGAACAACCCACUCGAUUGUUUCUUUUUCGUCAUGUUCGUGUUGUGUGCCAGCGAUGCCUUUGCUGUUUUUAACCUAACCAAUUUUGGGCCUCAUUGACAUCCUUGCAGAACACACAAAGCCGCCUGGCGACCGUGUCAACGGCACGUUUGUAGCAACUGAAGGCCGUUCGUGUACCUUUUUUGGGGUCUUGAAUUACAUAUACUUGACUUUUCUACUAGCUGUGUAUUUUGCAAAAAAGACAAGUACAUUUACAAAAGAAUGACUGUUUGUGUAUAUAUUUGAUAGCCAUCAUUUCAAAAAAGAUAUUAGCUGCGUUAUGCAAUAUUAUAAAGCUUGUGUGUGAAGAAGGGCUUAUUCCUGAGAAAUAAACCUAGUUGGGAGUUUCUUAUAACUUUGUUUUACAAUAAUCUGAAGGAUUAUCCUUGCAGGAGUAUUUAUGUAUUUUUUUUUUACAAUUAUUAUUUUUUGUAUAGAAUAUGCAACAACUACAAAGAAAAUAUUGAUGUAGAAUAUCAUGAAGGAAAAAAAGCUGGUACAUAAUUUGUCAGUUGUAAGCCAUUGUAUUGUUUGUACUUUGUGAUAUAACCCGCAGUGUUACUAACUCCAGGACAUGUAAUCAUGUUGAAUAUGAAGAUGAUAUUGUGUAAACAUGCAGAAUGUCUCCUCGCCACUGUAUGCGCACGUUUAAACUGUGAGACGCAGCUCGCGCCGAGCCGCGACAUGAUCUAUUAUGGGAUGUAAUCUUUUAGCUAUGACGUGACAAAGAACUAGCUGACAGUUUGCAUGUGCAUGUGUUUGGCUUCCAAUGAAGUAUUCUUACUAUUUUGUGCAAUGUCACACAGUAAUAUUAUUUAAAUACUGUCCUGUCCACACGGGAAGGGCGCUUCGGGUGAUCUGAAACUGCGUUUUUAGAAUCUGCCAAGGAAGACUAGUAAAACACUUUCGUUAGCACGAUGACGUUGCCUUACGUCACGUGACCAGAAAUGACCGGUCGUGUACUGCUAAAGCCAACAUCUCUGACUGCCGUAACCCCCCAGUCGACAUCCUCCUGAUAUUCUUUUGUUUUAUACUCCAAAGCGACUCGGAGGAGUAAUUCCACUUCGCCGUCAAGCGGAAGACGACAGACCUUAUACGCAUGCGUUCUUGUGUCGGGACACCAUUUUUUUUUCAUCCCGCUAAAAAAAACCAACAACCCGGAAGCGUCCCGUGUGGACCAGGCCAUUUUCAAAUCAUGAACAUUUACAGCUAAGCCUUUUUGAAUAAUAUUUGCUGAAUGUAUGUAGUGUGCUAACAAAUCAAAUGUGUUAAGCAACACAUUUUUAUAUGUAUAGAAAAAAACAACACAUGGGAGGUUUUCUGGGAAAAGGAGGACACUCAUGGCUCUGCGCGUCUGUUUUUCAUGUCCAUGAAAUGGCAUUCCAAAAUGUGCCUUAUUUUGUUAGUUAGGAAAACAUGUUAGUGCUGUCGAAUUUGAUGAAUAAAAGUCGUACUGAACGAUCA